AUGUGUUUAGAGAUUCUGCAGGAAGCUACUGCCAUUCACAUUGGAGACAAACAGGAGCAGCUGUCCACAUGGGGCUCUGCAGAUGAAUUCCUGGUAGCUGGUCCAACCGACCCUAUAGUGGCAGUGUUGGGUGGUGAUGCCACUCUGCCCUGCUUCCUGUCACCAGUCAUGAAUGCAGCGGACAUGGAUCUGCGGUGGUUCCGUUCCAAGUUCUCAGAAGCAGUGCUCAUCUAUCAGAAUGGCCAGGAGCAGAAUGAGGAGCUGAUGCCCCAGUAUGCAGGGCGGACCUCACUGGUGAGGGAUUUCCUUUCCCUGGGGCAGGCUGCUGUGCGCAUCCAGAAUAUCCAGGUUUCAGACAACGGGAAGUACACCUGCUUUUUCCAGAAGGGAGAUUACUAUGAAGAAGACAUUUUAGAAUUGAAGGUGGCAGGCCUGGGCUCUGCCCCACAAGUGCACAUUGAAGGGCCAGAGAAGGACGGAGUUCAUGUGGUGUGCAAGGCCUCAGGGUGGUUCCCGAAGCCCCAGGUGCAGUGGAGAGACGUCCGUGGAGAGAAGCUCCUGGAGUUCUCUGAGACCAACACCCAAGAUGCAGCAGGGCUGUUCAGCGUGGAGGCUGCUCUGGUGGUGAGAGACAGCUCUGCAGGGGAUGUGACCUGCUCCAUCCUCAAUCCCAUCCUGGGCCAGGAGAAGGUCAUGGCCAUUCCCAUCCCAGAGCCCUUUUUCCCUCAGGCCUCUCCCUGGAAGGCAGCCUGUGCUGUAAGCCUGACUGUGCUGGGGCUGCUACUGGUUGUGGCUGGCUUUGUCACCAAGAGAGAGCAUUCUGCAAAGGUGCAGGAGAGGCAGAAUUGGAACGAUCUGAAACGGGCUAAGGAGGAAGACCAGCAGGCAAAGGAGGAGGCUCUGAAGGUCAUAGAGAAGGUUUUUGCUGUGGGGUCUCCAGACACAUUGUCUCUCUUCUUCCUGGUGUGGAGUUCACGGUGUUUCCACUCUCUUUCAGAUGAGCUCCAGGCAGAACUCGGUAGGAGGAAGGCAGCGUACCAGGCUGGGUCUGUCACUCUGGAUCCAGGCACUGCCCAUGCCGACCUUGCCAUCUCUGCUGAAGGAACCAGUGUGACCUGGAGGGGCAUCUGUGUGAACUCAGAUGUCCGCUGCAGUGUGUUGGGUUUUAAGAGCAUCACAUCAGGAAGAUGUUACUGGGAGGUAGAGAUCAGCAAUGGAACAGUCAGCGAGUGGACUCUGGGGGUCUGUAAGCAGAAUGUGUUAAGGAUAGGGCCAUAUACAGAAUCCCCAGAGAAGGGGUUCUGGGUUAUAGGGAGAUUUAUAGAUAAAUACUAUGCCUUCACCAAGGAACAUAUAGCUCUAUCCCCUAAGCAGGAUCUCUGCAGAGUGGGAGUCUUCCUGGACUAUGAUAAACGGGACAUCUCCUUCUAUAACAUGACUGAUGGGUCCCACAUGCACUCAUUUCCCCCAGCAUCCUUCUCUGAACCCCUGUUUCCAUAUUUCAGUAUUAAGUCAGGAGCUGUGACCCUGAGCAUCUGCUCUCCAGUGGGUGGGUCUGAGAAGUGCCCUGUGACCCCGAGUGAUUCUCCUGCUUUGGUGGAAGCUGGCACGCCCGCAGGGGAGUGGCUCAACCCUGGCUCUGGUACUGUGGGUGCUCCCCCAGGGGCUGAGUCUCCAUUACUUCUCUGCUCCCCAUAG